AUGGCAAUAGAUGAAGCAGAAGGUAGUGUAUGGUUGGUUUGGAAGUCCGCAAACAGCAGAGAAAGUUUCAUUCCCGACAAAGCUAAAUCCCAAUCCACGUACAAAAGGGCCUUCAAAGCUGAAGGAGGGUUGUUAACCCAAUCUACACGGCCUCCAACGCUUUCAACUUAA